GCUAAAACCCGCAAACAUGCUUCUGGCCAGUCAAGUCUUCAGUCAGAGGCAAAGCUUGAAAAGGUCGUACACCGCUCGAAGAAGGCGAAGUCGACAUCCGUACUCUCGACCCUGCAGCUAUAUCGCGUUCCGACAGGAGGAAGCAGAGGAUGCCUACAUUGCCUAUCUGGAAUCCAAGCUCGGAUACCGUAAGGGAGGGAAGCAAGGUGCGAAGUAUGGGAAGGGAGAGGACGAUGGUCUCGACGGUACGAGCCUCCUUGCAGUAUGGCGAACUCGCUAUAUCUGCUCCCAUAGAUCUUUUCCAGGACCUCGAUACUAUCGAGGCGACAAUAUUGCCUGCCUCCAAGUCCGCCAUCCAUGAGCUGGAGGAGGGAUCAUCUGAGUCUGACGCUGAGUCUGACAUUGACGCAAAGAGUGGUACAGAAGAUGAGUCCCCUGCAGACAAAGAAGAAGACUUGGAGACGAGUGACGCGUCAGACCCAAAUGAAGACGAGGAAUGGGGCGGCAUACAGGAGGAUGAUAGCUCAGACAGCGCAGAUGAUGAUUUGAAAUAUGUGGUUUCUCGUGAACAUCCUAGUCCGGCCUCCGUGCAAACGUCUGUAGCAGCGACACCGAGUGGGCGUUACGUUCCUCCACACUUGAGGAAUCGCACCAAGGAUGAAGAUGCGGCUCCAUCCGAGGCACAGCUGAAGCUCACGAGGCAGUUGAAGGGAUUACUUAACCGACUGAGCGAACAGAACAUUGCGUCAAUAGUGGAUGGUGUCGAGGAGAUAUAUCGUAACCAUCGACGACACGACGUGACUUCCACCCUGACCACACUCAUCGUGGAUGGGAUCUCUGCCCAUUCAAUGCUUCUCGACUCUUAUGUUGUCCUUCAUUCCGCGUUCAUCUCCGCUCUCCACAAAUUGGUUGGCAUCGAAUUUGCCGCGUACUUCGUCCAGAACUCCGUUGCAUCAUAUGAGCGCCAUUUCGCAGAGGUACAGAACGGGCAAUCACCGAGCCCACCGAUAUCUGAGGCGAAGCUGGAGGAGGGUGCUGGAACCAUCGGCAAGGAGGCCUCCAAUCUCAUCGUCCUGCUCUCGGAACUUUACAACUUUCAGGUCAUCUCUUGCGUGUUGGUGUACGACAUCAUCCGCGACCUGUUGGAUGGCGACCUCACGGAGUUCAGAAUAGAACUGUUGCUGAAGAUCACGAGAAAUUCCGGACAACAGUUGCGGCAGGACGACCCGACGGCUCUCAAGAGCAUCAUACAAAUCGUGCAGUCGAAGCUACCAAGCCAACCAAAUGCAAUGAGCUCCCGAGCGCGCUUCAUGGUCGAGACAUUGACCAACCUCAAGAACAACAAGGUCAAGAACGCUGGGAGCACUCCAGGGGCAGAGACGGUUGAACGUCUCAAGAAGUUCCUCUCGGGAUUGAGCAAGAAACGUCAUGUGUUGUCGCACGAGCCUCUCCGUGUGAGCCUUGACGAUCUUCACAACUCGGAGAGCAAGGGCAAGUGGUGGCUCGUCGGAGCAGCCUGGGGAGGCGAUCCGCUCGUGGAGCGCCAAGAAGCUCAGCGCGAGGUUUCGGGCAAGACAAACGUAGAUGCAGAGGCGAUCAGCGAGAACACCCUGCUGAAGCUGGCGCGGAAACAAGGGAUGAACACUGAUAUUCGGAGAGGGAUCUUCGUCGUGCUCAUGAGCAGUGAGGACUACGUGGAUGCCUGCGAACGACUGUCCCAGCUCAAGCUGACUGAGGUCCAGCAACGCGAGGCCAUCCGCGUCAUCUUACACUGUUGCGGCAACGAAAAGACGUACAACCCGUACUACACGCUCGUCGGGCAGCAACUCUGUCGAACCUCUCAUUCGCACAGGAUUACAUUACAGUUCUGCCUGUGGGACUUCCUCCGCGACCUCGGCGAGACGAGCGUAGGCGGCGCGGAGGUCAUCAAGAACCUCGGCGAGGAUGCAGGGUUCGACGUGAAGAGCAUCUCGUCGACGAGGCUACGGAACGUCGCUAGAGCGUACGGGUGGUGGAUCGCUAAAGAUUGCUGCACACUCGCGAUCCUCAAGCCCGUCGACUUCACCGUCCUGAGGCCCCAGUCACAGAAGUUCCUCAAGGAGCUCCUCACCCAAGUCUUCGUCAGCACUCAGGUUUCCACUCCGCUACUCAGCGCGGACCCGAGCGCGCUUCCGACCACCCGGAAUAGAGGAGCCCUCGAAGAGGCCUUCAUCAAAGCCACGCGGGUACAGAACCUUGCGGUGGGCCUCAUCUACUUCCUUAGCGAGACAUUCCGAGGGAAGGACGCGGGCGAUGACAACGGUUCAUCAAGUGGGCGAGUCAGGUGGCGAGAGAUACGUUGCGGACAGGGAUGGACGUCGUUGCGGGGUUGUAGCAGAUGAUGGCUUUAGACCUGCUUUUGGAAUGCAACGCUGGAAUAGACGUUGCCGCUUUUGCCGCCAAAGAGAAGCUCGGGAAGGGGAUACGAGAACUGCGUGUGCGGUCGUGAGCAGGUGUAUCAGACGGUGUCACGGAGACGUACUGGUACGUCAACCCGGUCUCCGAUGUGGCGAACUUCGACAUGAGUUCCUCUCUGUGAAAUUGCAGGCUGAGGUGAUGGGAAGUGAGUACGGCCGGAGCUUGAG